GGAAGAAGAGAGAGAGAGAGAGAGGAGUAAUGGCGAGCUGCACCAUGGCAUCUGCAGCUUCUGGGUUCGUGCUCACAUCAAACUUGACGUCCAUCACAAACUCUUCGAGGAACGCAGUCUCCUUCUCGACUAGGAGAGAUUCACGGCUGGUUGUACGGGCGGCGGGCGAGGCGGCGCCACCGGCUCCGGCUGCCCCUAAGGAGGGCGGAGCCCCACCUCCCAAGCCUCCCCCGAUUGGACCCAAGAGAGGUGCUAAGGUGAAGAUUCUCAGGAAGGAAUCCUAUUGGUAUAAUGGCAUUGGUUCUGUAGUCACUGUGGAUCAGGAUCCAAAGACUCGUUACCCAGUCGUGGUUCGGUUCAACAAGGUCAACUACGCCAAUGUGUCUACAAACAACUACGCAUUGGAUGAGAUUCAGGAAGCCAUCAGCUAAGAGCCUUAUACUACCAAAUGGGUAGUGAAUUGUAGUCUGUCACUAAGUGUGUAUUGUUUUCUCUCUUCUGCUCUUAUUUGUUUAUAUUUUGUUCAUGAUUUCAAGUCCAAGUCAGUUCAGAAUACCACAUGAAAUUUGCGUAACUUUGGCUGUUGAUAAUCAAGCAUUUGACUGCAGAGAAAUGAGAUUCCUUUUUUCUUAAAUAAAACCAUUUACUGGGCUACUGGUUAGAGAA